AUGUACGACACUACUUCACAUGCCGGGACACUGGUCUGGAGCUUAGAGCUUCUGAUGGGAGAUACUUGGGGCAGCAUGCUACUCUUGGCCGCCGCCGCAGCCGUCCUGGCGCUAUGCGACCUGCAGCAGCACGUGGCGGUAGGCACGUACUACGACAUCGCCAGCCCCAACUACCCGCAAAGCUACACGGCGGGCACGCAGUGCCGCUGGCGCGCCACCGCCGACGCCGGCGCGCAGCUCAAGCUCUCCUGCGGCGUCUUCCAGCUGCCCGCGGUGAGUCUCCGCCAUGCCGCCUAA